UCGAAAAACACUUAAUUUACUUAUUUAUAUAUGCACAGAUUCCCCCUUAAAACGAUUACUUUUAUUUAUAUUACAGAUCGCAACCAUGGGGCGCCGUCCUGCCCGUUGCUACAGAUACUGUAAGAACAAGCCUUACCCCAAGUCCCGUUUCUGUCGGGGUGUGCCUGAUCCCAAAAUCAGGAUCUUUGACUUGGGCAGGAAGAAGGCUAAGGUGGAUGAGUUCCCCCUUUGCGGUCACAUGGUAUCUGAUGAAUACGAACAGCUGUCCAGUGAAGCUCUUGAGGCUGCCCGUAUCUGUGCUAACAAGUACAUGGUGAAGACCUGUGGUAAAGAUGGUUUCCACAUCCGCGUCCGUCUGCACCCCUUCCAUGUCAUUCGCAUCAACAAAAUGUUAUCCUGUGCUGGAGCUGAUAGGCUCCAGACUGGGAUGCGCGGUGCUUUCGGAAAGCCCCAGGGGACAGUGGCUCGUGUGCACAUUGGCCAGGUGAUCAUGUCUGUACGCACAAAGGCCCAGAACAAGGAACAUGUGAUCGAGGCUCUGAGGAGAGCCAAAUUCAAGUUCCCAGGGCGUCAGAAGAUCCACAUCUCCAAGAAGUAUGGCUUCACAAAGUUCAAUGCCACUGAUUUUGAUGGCAUGUUGGCAGAGAAGCGUGUGAUCCCUGAUGGCUGUGGGGUGAAAUACAUCCCCAGCCAUGGACCCCUGAGCCGCUGGAAGGCCCUGCAUGCCAAUUAAGGACCUCACACUUAAAUGCAACUGAACCAGUGACCCCAAAUAAAGUCCAAUGUUGAUUUACAA